UAUCUACACAAUAUAUUAAAUAUUACACCCAAAAUGAAGGUCCCUGGUUCUUUUGAUAUCCCUCUUUCUAUUCGGGCGAUUAUCAUCGCUUAUCGCUUGCAAAUCGGGCUCGGAUGGGUGGAAAUAUCGAGGAAGCUAGGAGUUAACAACACCACCGCGCAGAAGUUCUACAAUCGAGUCCUUGAGCAAGCUGGCACCCCCGAUCUCAUGGAGAUGUUGAAAUAUAUCGAUUCAGCCUCUCGAACAGGUGCUCCCAGAGUUGUAGAGCCUGGCACACAGGAUAGUCUCCAGAUUCGAGCUGAUGUACUUAAGUGGAGAGACUUUGACCGCACCGACGCCGCGAACCACACCCGCCCCAAAGGCCAACACAUUAAGCCCACUACUGUACGCCGAGUACUACAAGAUAGGGAGCAUGUGGAGAAGGACGAGCAGCACCCAAAACGUAUAAAGCGCGGGCGACAAUUGCGUAAAGAAGCCCUCACGGAAAUACACAAGCAGCAGCGUCGCGCAUACACGCAUAAGCUCGAAAUCCUCGAUGGCAACUCUCUGGAGGAUGUAUACCUGCUGGAAGUAGUAGAGGGCAAAGAAAUAAGCCACAAUCUCAUAAUAAUCGGCGUCGACGAGUACACCGUUGAAUUCGGCGGUUCUGGCUUUAAUAGAGUCUCUUAUAUGGAGGGGGAGGACCUAUAUAAGCAUGCGCAGGAAACUCAGCCCUCACGCUUCUCACUUAUGCAGUGGAACGCGGCAUGUGGCCAGGAAAUCAGCCUCACACGCCCAUGCCGUAUAUGGGAACCUGAGUUGCCAGAGCUCAAAGUGGACCUCGCGGAGAAGCUCCUAAACAAGCAGAAAGAGUUGAAUAAGAAGAUGGAACAGCAGCGGAUAAAUGCCAGGAUUCCUGGGACCACUGAGUGGCGGCAUAUGGAGAAAGUCAACAAGGCAGUUCAGGACUGGAAUGCCACCAUACCCAAGAGCCAGCGAAAGGGCAGAAGGCAGCGCCGUUAAGUUAACUGGGAGUUUCCUUUCCAGGACUUUACGAGCGACUCUCGUAAAGGUGGCCUCGAUUUUGUAUGGUACGCCUUUGAGAUCUAUGAAAAAGAGCUCAUCCCGUACUAUAAGAAGAUCUAGGAAAUCCACCCCGACAAGCAUAUAUAUAUAUCGGAGGAUGGCGCAACACCUCAUAUAAAAGCGCGCAAGCUUUUGCAGAGCGAGCUUGAGGCUGCUGGGGUCAAAUUUAUCGACUGGCCAAGUAAAUCCCCAGAUUUACACCCUAUCGAGAGUAUACAGAAACACCACAAAGCUCUACUUGAGGAUCUACGCUUCAGCGUCAACUCAGCUGCCCGGCAGGUUAAGGAUCACGCGAUAGAUGAGA